CAAGAUGGCUGAUGAUGGAAAGCUUUUUGUCGGUGGCCUCAGUUUCGAUACAGAAGAACCCUCUUUGGAAGAGGCGUUUUCCAAGUAUGGGGACAUCGUAAAAGUUGAUGUAGUCAGAGACCGUGAGACGAAACGGUCCAGGGGAUUUGGCUUUGUCACUUUUCACAGCCCUGAUGAUGCAAAGGCAGCCAUGACAGCAAUGAACGGCAGGUCUCUUGACGGCAGAACCAUCCGUGUUGAUGAGGCGGGCAAGUCUGGAGGAAGAUCUGGUGGUUUUCGAGGAGGAUCCAGUGGUGGCAGAGGAGGUGGAUUUUUCAGAGGGGGCAGGGGAAGAGGUGGCGGAGGAUAUGGAGGUGAACGUAGCUAUGGCGGAGACAGAAGUUAUGGUGGCGGCGGAGGCGAUAGGAGCUACGGUGGUGACCGGAGCUAUGGAGGGAGUGGAGGUGGAGAGAGGAGUUAUGGAGGAGGCUACAGGAGUGGAGGAGGAGGAGGUGGUGGAGGAUACUCUGGAGGUGGAGGUGGCGGUGGAGGUUACAGGGAUAACCGGAGCCAAGGAGGUUAUGGUGAUCGUUCCGGAGGAUCCUACCGAGACAGCUAUGACAGCUAUGCUACACACGAGUAAAUACAAAAAAAACUUCCUGAUUGCAAGAUCGUCACUUCGCUGGCUGUUUUCUUUUUAAAAGAUGCGCUCUUCGAAGAUCCCUUUUUUUGAAUUUUUGUUGUUGUUUUCUGUUUGUGGUAUCUGGUUCUAGUGUUUUCUUUAACAGACAUUGCAGCAUCUUCAGUCCUUUUUAUCGUGUUGAAAAUAUUAUUCAGGAUAAUCUGUCCUCUUGGCAGGAACUGAAAUCCUGUAGAAACUUUACUGUUAGGCUUGGCGCUCAAAUGUGGAGCGUUGGUCCUUUUUUUGAUCAAUUUUUUUCCUCCUGGUGUAAUGGGACUGCUUUCUGGGGGGAUCAAAGUUGAUGAUUUUAAGAAAAAUGGCUUAAAUUGAAAUGAAACCUGUUUCACUGUUGAACCGCUCCUAGGUAGGAUCUCUGUAAACUGUCCAACACAGCCUGAUAGCUUCUAUGACAAAUUCAGUCUCUUGACCUGACCAUGACCCUGCUCAUUCUAAGCCUCAAAUAUCUGCAAAAAGACGUUACUAUCUAAUCUUCCUUUUUAAACUGGAGUUGUAGUGAAUUCUGGUCUUUAAAAUAAAAUAAAAAAAAGGAGAAAUUAAAUCUUUUAGAUCUACACUAGAAGCUUGACAAGCUGUGAUGUUUCCAGGGGGAACUGUAAUUCAUUCAUUUAGUGUAGGAAGGAAGGAAUGUUGACUGGUAGCACUGGUUUCCAGUAAACCUCCUUGAUAUUGAUAAAGAUAUGUAAGUAUUCAAUAUCUAGUGCAAAGUGAUUAACUUUGUCUGGUGACUCAACUUCUAGCUCUUGAGCUGCCAUACUCGGUGUAGCUGAUGCAGUCUGCUGCAGCUGGCAGUUCCAUUAUGCUACUCUGAUGGACAAAAAAAACCCCAUUCAAGGUCAUCCUCAAGAAAUGUUACUACAAGGAAAUGUGCUCUGUUCUGUGUACCAACACCUCUAAGAUUUUUUUGUAUAUUCUGGCUUCAUGAAGCCUAUUAAACAAUCCGUUGAAAA